CUUUGUCGUGACCCGAGUAUGAGGCACGCAAAGAGAUAUUCAAUAAACAACAUAGGACUUUUUUCACUAACAUUAAAACACGUGUGCAAACUUAUUCUACCCCGAAUCCUUUUUCCUUCUCCGAUCAAGCAAUGUCAGGCUAACUUCCUGAACAUAUAUCAAUACGUAAGUUGAGCCCGCCAGGGCCAGAAAGAGCACGCGAUCAUGCAUUCCAUAAUCCUUAUUAGCUUAUAUAAAAACACGUGUAGCGAUAACAAAAUAAUAAUUGGUUGAAUGAGCAUUAGCAAUAACAAGUUUGAUGGAUGCGGUUAGCGAUAACAUCACUGGCGGACCAACGCCCUUCUAAUGAGUGACGCAACCGCCGUUGCCAAUCAAUUCUCUAUGAACGGUUACUGACGAUAGACGUGUUGUUCGUUUAAUCGCAGUUUCGUACGACUCCAGCGCACGCUGAGUAACUAUAAUUUUUGUUAACUCUUUUUGCGACGAUUACGCUGAUGGUGGAAAUGUCAUUUUAUGGUGGUGUUACAUGGAAGCAUUAAAUCAGUGACUCAAAGAGGUGAAACGUGUCGAAGUGAUUACCAUAACGGUCGGACUAAAACACUCGUGCGUGAUAUAUUCAUGGACUGCUAACAAAAUGUAAACAAAGUGAGUCAUUGUAGUUAUCGGCACGUUCAAUGCAAAUCGUCAGCGUAGGACUUUAUUUACACGUUGUACGGCCCUGUCAAUUGAUUGUUUUUAUAGUUACAAUGUCUGCAACCGUGUCGCAACCGUCGACAUCAAAAACAUCAACAUCGCAAGCAUCCAAAUCAAAAGCAUCAACAUCGAAAGCAUCCAAAUCACAAGCAUCAACAUCGAAAAGAUUCAAAUCGCAAGAAUCGACAUCGAAAGCAACGAGAAAAGCCAGUUCGACCCCAAAUAUUUUUGAAGUCCAAAAAGAGGCUAACUCAAACUUAUCGUCUUCAAACAAACCAUCGGCUAGCACGUCCAUAGCGUCUAGCAGCAGCAGCACCGAUAGCCAUUUCUGGCUUGAGGUUUUGAACAGUAAGUUUCGAUGCAGCGCUUACAAGAACCUACUGAGGGAGUCCACUUUUACUGAAGCACAGGCCGAAUCAUUACAAAAUUUAUUUUAUCAAACAUCUCGACAAAUGUAUAACACAUAUAUAAACAGCGAUCGUGUUAUGAAAAUGCACAAAUGUCGGGACUGUGAAUUCUCGAUAUGUCAUCAGUGUGUGUCUCUUAAUUUUUUACACGUAGGCCGGGCAAACGGUAAUCCGAUGACCCCAACUGUCGUCGCGCCUCACACAACGACUAUAUGCAUCUGUCAGUUUGCUUUCUUCCAUGCUCACACUAGCAGACCAUCGCGGUCCGAGACGGUGAAUACUAGAAGCUUGGAACGUAUCAUCGCGAGCCUGCGUUGUGACGUGUGCGACACGAUGGUAAUGAUUAAACAUCCGCACGGUAAAAACUCUAACUGCACUUUGACAAAGUGGAGCGGUAUAAACAGCAGUGAUGAAAUAGCAUUCCACGCGCAGCUCAUCGAUCACAUAAAACAGUUCACGCCGCAGACGCUUUCUUUGGAAGAGUUGUAUACUUGCAAUCACCACUGCUGCCUGUUUUUCCAUCGCUGUACAGAAUAAGGCUUCCGACUGAAUCCUCAAUCUUGCCAUUGUCAACUUGGCGACAGCAUCACAGUAUAUAAGGGAAGCGUUAAGAAUUCAGAUGUAUGUGUUUUAGGUGCAUUUUUCAUUUGAAUCUUGUAUCAAAUUUGGGUGUGGUGAUACACUUGUCCUAAACGCUGGAGGUAGAAUAUCUUUGUAUUAAUGUUAUAUUGUUCCUGCAUAGACAACACGUUUCAAUAUUGUAAAAAUGGCUUCACGGUAGUUUAUCGACGAAAUAAAAGCUUCCAGUUCAUA